UGCGUUGAGAUGCGGAACUACCAGUUCGGCACUUGCGGCGAGGCUGUGCUUGCUUGGUAUGCUGUGAGGUACAUCACCUUGAUGAUCCUAGAUGGCGAUGUUGGUGUCCUCCCAUCUCUUCGUGUCCGUCGGCAACCACCGUCUGCACUGACCAUUCGUUCACGUAUUGACAGUCUUUUCCAAAUUUUCUCGUCGCGCCCAAGUCAAAGACGCUUUUGUAACACCGUUAGAGCCAUCAUGGCGUCAACAACGCGCCCCAACCAACAAGCCUGGGUCACAGCCUUCGCCAGCGCCCCACCAUCCGCCUGCGCAACUCUCCGCGCCCUCAGCAACACGGUAGAAUACGGCGUUCAAUGUAUCUUUGCAGAAGAAGAUGACGACACACUGCCAAACUCAAUUAAUACAGCCUGUCUACCUUGGGCUACAGCCGGCAUCCCUUCGAGUGCGGCAUUCUACUCCCCUGCCACUGCAUGCCCCACAUCUUGGACCGCGGUCGCGACUCGUACAGCAGCUGGUGGUGCGAGUGACUGGAUCGAUGGCGAGACAGCUCUAGAGUGCUGUCCACCGGGGUUCGUGGGCGGAGGUGGAGGGUUGUGUAAUCCGGAGACGAGUGGAACAACGUCGGUUGUUAGUUGUGGUGAGGCGGAUGCAGAAGAGAACGAAAAUAUGGUUUACAUCGCGGGGCAGUGGCCGGCGAGUGUGAGCGUGAGGGUUACAGCAUUGCAGCUGAGGUACCAGGCUACUGAUACUGGGGGUACGGCAAGUGCGACAGGCAGUUCGAGUUUGAGUACUGCGUCGAGUACGAGUGGUUCAGGGGCCGGAGCUGGUAACGAGGGUGGAGGGCUCUCAACGGGCGCGAAGGUGGCGAUUGGGACUAUCAUUCCUCUGGUAUCCACACUCGGAGCCUUGACUGCGUUUUUGCUGUGGCGGAGGAGAAAGCAUAGGAAGGCUGCUGCGGCGAUGUCGAAGGAAUUCGCAGAUGGACACGAGACAAAGCGGAGCUACGAGAAGGUUCCUCAAGAAACCUUUAUCAAUUCGAGUAUUGGGUCGGAAGACAUUUCAGCUACCACUGCAGGUGCCGCUGCGGCAGUUCCGGCAGUAGCUGUCGUCGCGCAGAAUGCUCAUCAUGAAACUCCAGAGUGGAACGCAGAACUCGAUGCUACCGAGGCUGAAAGAAGAAGGUACAUGGCGGUUCAAGGAAGCUUGUUUCCACCUGCAAGCGGUGCCAAAGCCGAUGCGUCAAGCCUGGGCGGCGCGAGCGAAGCCAGCGAGUUGGGUGGUAUGAUGAGGGUCAACAGAAAGCCUAUUGCGCCUGUUGAACUUGAUUCGAUGCCUGUGACGAGUGAACUGGCUGGCGGAGGGAGUGCAGAGCGAAGAUAGGAAGAGUUUUUAUGAAUGAU